AUGUCACAAACACAAGGAGGGCGAAAGGGUGUAAAGAUAAGGCCAAGGAGCCUUGGGUUUGGCAUGAGGUAUCGAGAGAAUCUCAUGAUUCUCUUAGACACCAUCCACCCCAACAUCAAGCAGGCCUUGAUCGAGCGUAUGGGGCCUGCCAGGGAGGAAUUCCGACAGGCCAACCCCCUCGAGUACAUGGUGGUCGAUUUCGAUGACGUGCAGUACUUCCUGAAAGCGUCGAGCGAGACUUUCACCAUCUACUGCUCGAUGCUCAACUUCGACAAGUACGAGAACUUCGGGGUGAAGCAGCUGUUGGAAGAGAAGUACAACAAGUACGACAUAGCGGUGUCGAUGACGAAGCAGCUGCAGCACGAUGCAUCAUACGAUUUUAGCCUGACCUUUGACUUGUCCACGGAUUAUGGUAGCGAGAACGAGGCAGUUUGCGACAGCCUUGCUCGGGUCAAGUACACCGUCCUCUCUGCUCCCUUCUUUGAUUACUUCGAAGCUGUGCGAGCUGGCAAUGCGCCCGAGGUCAGGAGGAUUCCCUACCGUGCUAGCGAGUCGAUCUACAUCAAGAAAGGAAAGGAGGAUCAGAUUAUCGUCGUCUUUAGCGUCACCUUUGAUGAGAAGAAGGACUGGUCGAUUGCCGAAGUCUUUCUCCGAGAAUUCUCUGAUGUACGAAGAGAGCCCUCGUUGCAGAAUGCUCCUGUCGCUUCCUUCUCACGAAACCCGCCGGGGGAGUUGGACGGCGUGAAGGUGGAGGAGGGAGAGGACGUUAUCUACAUCUCCUUCGUUCUCUUCAAGAAGCACUGGGACGGACCCAAAGCCGAGCAGAGCAUAGGAGCAGUCUUGAUGUUUCGAAACUACCUGCACUACCAUGUGAAGGCUAGCAAGACUUUCAUGCAUAUGAGGAUGAGGAAGACGGUCGACAGCUUGAUGGGAACUUUGAACCGGGCCAAGACUUCGGCAGAGGCUGCUGUGGAGAAGAAAACCUGGAGUGGAAGAUCGUUGAAUUGA